GAAGUAAGGGUACUGCAGCACCCCACCCCCCACGAACGAAAAGAAAAACGUUUCCUCCCCCACAAAAGUAGUGGACUGAGCCUUUAAUAAUAGGCGUCUGUAGCGCGGGUAACUCUCCUCUUUGAAGAAAACUAUUUGCAGCACCCACAAACUACUUCCAGUGACUAUGGACUCGACUGUUUCUCCUGGUUUCAAUAUACUGUUAUUAAAAAGAGAAAGUAGAAGUGUCUAGUAGCUAGAGAACCUGUUCAGAACAGGGGUUGUCUUACAACGACAUAGACAGGGCUCUAUACUCCAGAACUAAAAACUCUCCCCUGUACACCGGAGGCACCACAACACCAGCGCAGCGAAAAUUCACAAGGUGUUUUUGGAGAGUUCAAGGGACGCAGAAACGCUCAACAGUGAAAUAUGAAGAUGCUGUGGUAUCUGUCUGCUCUGCAGCUGUUCCUGGCUCCAGCUCUCCUGCUGCCCAAUGGGGACUACUGGGAGGAAUGGAGUCCCUAUGGAGAAUGUAGUCGGAGCUGUGGGAGUGGGGUUACCAUGAGAACCAGGAGAUGUGUCAGCCAGAGGACUGACGGAGGGAAUAACUGUGUGGGACCAGACAAGUCCUACAGCUCCUGUAAUAUCCAGGACUGCCCAGAGGGAUCUCGGGACUUCAGAGAGGAGCAGUGUUCUCAGUUUGAUGGAUCUGACUUCCAGGGAAAACGAUACAAAUGGCUCCCAUACUAUGGAGCCGACAACCUGUGUGAGCUGAACUGUAUGCCCAGAGGAGAGAACUUCUUCUACCGCCACAGGACAGCUGUGGCCGACGGCACGCCCUGCCACCCCGGGAGGAAGGAUGUCUGUGUUGAUGGAGUCUGUAAGCGUCUGGGCUGUGACAACAUGCUGGAAUCCCCCCAGCAGGAGGACCCAUGUCUGCAGUGUGGGGGCAACGGACAGUCCUGCUACCCCGUCAGGAGCACCUUCAGCAUGACCAACCUGCCCAAAGGCUAUAACCAGGUGUUUAUCAUUCCUGUGGGAGCCACCUCCAUCCACAUCAGAGAGACUGUUGCCACUCGUAAUUACCUGGCUGUUAAGAACCUGCGUGGUGAGUACUACCUGAACGGCCACUGGGUGAUUGAGUUCUCCAGGGCUACUCCAGUAGCAGGCACCAUGCUAUACUACCAGAGAGGGGCUGAGGGAGAGAUGACUCCUGAGACCAUCAUCGGUCGUGGACCCACCACCGAGCCACUGGUUAUAGAGUUGAUCAUCCAGGAGCAUAACCAGGGAGUAGAGUACGAGUACUACCUCCCUAACGGUCGGUCCAGAGAGGGAUACUACUGGAGCUUCGGCUCCUGGUCUACCUGCAGCAGAGAGUGUGGAUCAGGCUACCAGUCCCGUCUGGUGUUCUGUGCCAUCGAUAAUGAGGCCUACCCAGACUACCUGUGCACCGCCCUGCCACGCCCCCUCACCAACCGCACCUGCAACCCUCAGACGUGCCCUCAGACCCGUCGCUGGACAACAGGUGAGUGGAACGCAUGCUCAGUGUCGUGCGGCGGUGGUUCCCAGGUGCGCAGCGUGCAGUGUGUCUCCCAUGAUGCAUCGGGGCCCCGCGUGGUGGAGGACGGCGUCUGUGCAGCCUACACUCCAGCCCCGCCCACCCUGCAGACCUGCAGCAUGCAGCGGUGUGCCUCCUGGAGGGCCUCUGGCUGGAGCUUGUGUUCAGUAACAUGUGGGACAGGGGAUCAGUCCAGAGAGGUGAUGUGUGUAGGAGAAGCAUCAGUCCAGCUAGCAGACACCUCCUGCUCCGCCUCACUCCGCCCUGUAGCUGCCCAGCCCUGCUCCAUGCCCGCAUGCCUACUGGCUGUCAGCUGGCACGUUGGAGACUGGGGACUGUGCUCUAAGAGCUGUGAGUCAGGUCUGCGUGAGCGCCAGGUGAUGUGUUCUGACAGAGAGAGGAACCUGUACCCAGUGGAACGUUGUAACUAUGUCCCCAAACCCCUCACAUUGGAGACCUGCAACACACAGCCCUGCUACCACCCACAAGCGACCCCCAGUAUGCAGGAUCCCAGAGGACAUGACAACACACAGUAUGGUUUCACUCCCUACAUGCCAGACCACGCCACAGUCCACAGACCAGACAGUGUUGACCCCCAGACCAGCACAGUGUACCACCCUCACGGCUUCGGGCCGGCCCAACACUGUAGCCAGUCCUACUACGGCUGCUGCCCAGAUGGCGCCACGGCAGCUGGGGGGGCAGGGGGUCUAGGCUGCCCACAGGUGUCCCGCUGGGCUCCACGCCCCGAGCAGGCUUUCUGCACAACCACCAGGUAUGGAUGUUGCAGGGAUGGUGUGACUGUAUCACAGAGGCCCAACAGGGAAGACUGUCUGGAAUAUGUUCCUCAAGCUCCUCCUCCAGCUGAGAACAGUAUCCAGUGUCGCCUGACCACCUACGGGUGCUGUUUCGACCGUAUGUUCGUAGCCGCAGGUCCCAAUGGAGAGGGCUGCCCCAACCCACCAUACAACGUUCCCAGAACCACCUGUUCUCUGCCCAAGGCGGCCGGCUCCUGCAGUGGCUGGACGGGCCGAUACUUCUACGACGUCACCGCCUCCAGGUGCUCCCACUUCUGGUACGGCGGCUGCCACGGCAACAACAACAACUUCCUGACGAUUGUCGAGUGCCAAAGGACGUGCCCCGGUGCCCAGGUCAACCAGAUGAGCCAACCCAGUAGCCAAUCAAUCCAGACGAUUCAGCUGAGUCAACCCAGUCAGCCGGGAACAGGUCAGGACAUGAGCAAGGUCUUGACGGUGCAGCGCGGCAGCUCAAGGGGCUCAACCGGCGGGCGCCAGGGGACCAGCGCUGCCGACCACGCCCACCGGGCCAGAGUCCAUGUCCGCCGCCCCGCCCCCUACGGCGUCCUGCACACCCACCCUGCAGCGAGGUAAGAACCCGAGGACCGUCCAGGGGCGUCUAGCGAUGCCCACCCCUGCUGCCUCCGCCCCCUGCCCCGCCCACAGCCCCGCGCGCUGCCCCGCCCACAGCCCCGCCCACAGCCCCGCGCGCUGCCCCGCCCACAGCCCCGCCCACAGCCCCGCCCACAGCCAGCCGCCUGGCUAGGUGACGCUUCAACCCUGAGAAGGAAGCUGAGAUGAGCCAGUGAGAAACAAAGAAGCUUAACAACAUCCCACGGACCAAAGACAGACUUACACACACACACGCACACACAAACACAUGUUAACAGGAUGUAUGACAGUGAGCUCUAAAAGUAUUGGCCCAUUUGUUGUUGUUUUGGCUCUGUACUCCAGCACUUUGGAUUUGAAACGAUACAAUGACUAUGAGGCACAAAUAUCAUAAC